AUGGCGACUACCUUCCUCAUUCUUUCAGAUACCCACGACGAUGCCUUCCCCGGCCCAGCGUCGCUCCCCAGCAAGGUCGAUGUCGUGAUCUACUGCGGGGACCUCACCAUGAUCGGAGGCCUGAGCAACUAUAAGAAAUUCAUCGAUGUCAGCCUCGACCGAAAGUGGUGGCAGGACAACUUAAUAGAAGAGGAAGACGAUCCCGAAGAGCCAGCACAAGCCCUCGCCGAUGGUCGUACCUUUACCAUCUACGCGUCGCCGUACGCGCCAGAGUUCAACGGCUACGUAUUCGCGUACGGCCCAGACGAGGACCGCUUCGGCCCCGGGGCAGAACAUCCAAUUUCCGAGGGCGUCGAUAUCGUCAUGACGCAUGGUUCUCCGCUGCUCCCGUCACAAGACUACGUGCUUGAUGUCAACCGGCAAGGGAACCAUUGCGGUUGCCCGAUACUCUACGACGCCAUUUACCAGGCCAGGCCAAAACUCCACUGUUUUGGUCACAUCCAUGAAGGCUAUGGGGUCUAG